AUGGUGAUGAUGAAGAAGAAGUUUAGUCUGUGUUUGGUGGGUUUGUUUUCCUUGUGUAUCCUCAACUCUGCAAUGGCUGCGGACAAGUCGUAUGUUGUGUACCUGAGAAGGGAUUUGCUUGGCUCAUCGAUAGAGGAGCUGGGUGGUGAUGAGAUGAGCCACACCUACCAUGACCUCCUGGCUUCUUGCAUGGAAAGCAAAGAGAAGGCUAGAGAAGCCAUCUUCUAUUCCUACUCCGGAAUCAUCAACGGGUUCGCCGCAACCCUCGAAGAUGAUGAAUUAGAACAACUCGAAAGACAUCCACAAGUGUUACAAGUGCUACCAAAUGAAGCAUACCAAAUCCAAACGACAAGGUCAUGGGCAUUCAUGGGGCUAGAAGACAGCAAAGGCGUCGUCCCACCCAACUCCCUCUGGAAAAAAACCGACUACGGCAAAGAUCGCAUCAUUGCAACCCUCGACACAGGUGUUUGGCCCGAGUCGCCAUUCUUCAACGACAAGGGAUACGGACCGAUUCCAUCCCGGUGGAACGGAACAUGCGACACCGCCGGCGGAUCAUUCAAAUGCAACAAAAAGCUGAUCGGAGCCAGAGCUUUUAACAACGGCCAGCCGGGGAGCUCGCCGCGGGACGUCAACGGCCACGGCACCCACACACUCUCCACCGCCGGCGGCGCGUUCGUCCCGAAAGCCAACUUCCUCGGAUCCGCCAACGGGACGGCGAAAGGCGGCUCCCCGAAAGCCAGAGUCGCCGCCUACAAGGUCUGCAACGACAACGGGAACUGCUUCACCGCCGACAUCACGGCCGGGUUCGACGCCGCCAUCCACGACAAGGUCGACGUCAUCUCCGUCUCCCUUGGGUCGUUCAUACCGGGGGAUUAUUCGAGGGACGGCAUCGCCAUCGGGGCUUUUCACGCCGUUAGGAAGGGGAUCACCGUCGUUUGCUCCGCCGGGAACUCUGGGUUCGAUGGUUCCGUGACGAAUGUGGCUCCGUGGAUUAUUACUGUCGCCGCCAGCACGCUCGACCGGCGGUUCGUCUCCGACGCCGUGAUUGGGAACGGGAAGCGGUACAAGGGGAUCAGCUUCAAGAGCAAUACCUUGCCGUCCAAGAAAUUCUACCCUCUCGUCAAUUCCGUCAGCGUCAAAGCCUCCGGUGCCUCUAACCAAUCAGCGCUUUACUGCUACCCUGGGAGCUUGGAUCCGGCGAAGGUGAAGAGAAAGAUAGUCCUCUGCCGCCGGAGCGGCGUAGAUGUUCAGAAAAGUUACGUGGUCUCACAGGCCGGAGGCGUAGGGGUAAUCCUCGCCAACACAUUCACGGCAGCCCUAGCUCCGCAAGCUCAUUUCAUCCCUACUUCAACCAUCUCUCAGCAAGAUGGAGAUGCCAUUGCCCGCUACAUCUCCAACACAUCGAAGCCAGUCGCUUACAUCAUCGGAUACACAGAGAUUGGGAAGGUUGAGGCUCCAGUCAUGGCAGGGUUUUCAUCCCGUGGGCCUAACCGAUUGACACCGGAUAUCCUGAAGCCGGAUAUCACGGCGCCAGGUGUGUACAUAAUGGCCGGAUGGACACAAGCAAAAGGCCCGACCGGUCAGUCUUAUGACAGCCGCCGUCUCCCUUUCAACAUCAUAUCAGGAACAUCCAUGUCUUGUCCCCAUGUUAGCGGCAUUGCUGGCCUACUCAAGACCCUUCACCCUAAAUGGAGCCCCGCAGCCAUAAAAUCAGCCAUCAUCACCACAGCCAAAGCAACAAACAACAAAGGCAAACCAAUCAACACAGAAGCUGGGACCAAGGCCAUCCCUUUCAACUACGGCGCGGGACACGUCGCGCCCAACCCUGCAGCAUCGCCGGGGCUGAUUUACGAGAUGAACACAACCGACUACGUGAACUUCCUCUGCUACAUUGGCUACACCAAGCAACAGAUCUCCGUCUUCUACCCGGAGCCGUACCAGUGUCCGCCGAAGACCAGCACCAGCUUGUCGAACCUCAACUACCCGUCCAUCUCCGUGCCUAACCUGUCGGGGAAAGUGAACGUGACGCGGACCGUGAAGAAUGUGGGGACGCCGGGGGUGUACCGGGUUCGUGUCGGUGCACCGGCUGGAAUCACCGUCGGGGUGAGUCCCAGAGUGUUGAGGUUCAGCAGGGUGAAUCAGUCGAAAAAGUACACGGUGAGUUUGGAGGCAAUGAACAACGUCGGAACCGGUUAUCUGUUUGGUAACAUCACGUGGUCGGAUGGGAAGCAUGUCGUGAGGAGUCCCCUCGUUGUGAGGAAGACAGGGAACGCCGUUGAUUCGAUGUGA